UGGCGGCUGGCGCUUGAAAACGUUUCGUCGUGUGUUUCUAGUUGUGUUGUUGUUGUCCUAACGUUUCUUAGGUAAGUUUGUGAACGUACGUUUUUGCAAACAUGGCUUCCACCGCGGCAGGUAAACAGCGGAUACCGAAGGUGGCGAAGGUGAAGAAUAAAGCUCCCGCAGAGGUUCAGAUCACUGCUGAGCAGCUGCUGAGAGAAGCCAAAGAGAGGGAGCUCGAACUUCUGCCGCCGCCACCGAAACAGAAGAUCACCGACGAGGAGGAGCUCAACGAUUACAAACUCAAGAAGAGGAAGGGGUUUGAAGACAACAUCAGAAAGAAUCGGACUGUCAUCAGUAACUGGAUCAAAUACGCACAAUGGGAGGAAAGCCUGAAGGAGAUCCACAGGGCUCGUUCCAUUUACGAGCGAGCGCUGGACGUCGAUCACCGCAACAUCACGCUGUGGCUGAAGUACGCCGAGAUGGAGAUGAAGAGCCGGCAGGUCAACCACGCCCGCAACAUCUGGGACCGAGCCAUCACCAUCCUCCCUCGAGUCAACCAGUUCUGGUACAAGUACACCUACAUGGAGGAGAUGCUGGGGAACGUGGCCGGCUGCAGGCAGGCGUUCGAGCGCUGGAUGGAGUGGGAGCCCGAUGAGCAGGCCUGGCACUCCUACAUCAACUUUGAGCUGCGCUACAAGGAAGUGGACAAAGGCCGCACCAUCUAUGAGCGAUUCGUCAUCGUUCACCCCGAAGUGAAGAACUGGAUCAAGUACGCUCGUUUUGAAGAGAAGCAUGGCUACAUCGCUCACAGCAGGAAGGUGUACGAGAGGUCGGUGGAGUUCUUCGGAGAGGACUAUGUGGACGAAAACCUCUUUGUGGCCUUCGCCAAGUUUGAGGAGACGCAGAAAGAGUUUGAACGUGUUCGGGUCAUCUACAAGUACGCUCUGGACCGGAUCCCUAAGCACCAGGCACAGGAGCUCUUCAAGUUCUACACCAUGUUCGAGAAGAAGUUCGGAGACCGGAGGGGAAUCGAGGACGUCAUCGUCAGCAAACGAAGGUUCCAGUACGAGGAGGAAGUCAAGGCGAACCCUCACAACUAUGACGCGUGGUUCGAUUACCUCCGCCUGGUGGAGAACGACGCCGACCCCGACACGGUCCGGGAGGUUUACGAGAGGGCCAUCGCCAACAUCCCCCCCAUCCAGGAGAAGAGACACUGGAAGAGAUACAUCUACCUGUGGAUCAACUACGCUCUGUACGAAGAGCUGGAGGUCAAGGAUCCAGAGAAAACCAGGCAGGUGUACCAGGCCUCUCUGGACCUCAUCCCACAUAAAAAGUUCACGUUCGCUAAGAUCUGGCUGCUCUACGCUCAGUUUGAGAUCCGGCAGAAGAACCUUCAGGGAGCCAGACGGGUCAUGGGCACAGCGAUCGGUAAAUGCCCGAAGAACAAGCUGCUGAAGGGCUACAUCGAGCUGGAGCUGCAGCUGCGAGAGUUCGACCGCUGCAGGAAGCUGUACGAGAAAUACCUGGAGUUCAGUCCGGAGAACUGCACCACCUGGAUCAAGUUCUCCGAGCUGGAGACCAUCCUGGGAGACGGGGAGAGGGCGCGCGCCAUCUUUGAACUCGCCAUCGGACAGCCGCGGCUGGACAUGCCGGAGGUGCUGUGGAAGUCCUACAUUGACUUUGAGAUCGAGCAGGAGGAGUUUGAAAACACCAGGAACCUUUACAAAAGGCUGCUGCAGCGCACCCAGCACGUCAAGGUCUGGAUCAGCUACGCUAAGUACGAGCUGUCCAUCAACGGCCCCGACCGGCUGCAGAAGAGCCGGCAGAUCUUCGAGGAGGCCAACAAGGGCAUGAGGAGCUGCGAGGAGAAGGAGGAGCGUCUGAUGCUGCUGGAGUCCUGGAGGGACUUUGAGAGGGAGUUCGGCUCCGAGAGCUCGAUGGACAGAGUGAGGGAGCUGAUGCCUGACAAGGUGAAGAAGAGGAGGAAGCUGACGGCCGAGGACGGGUCGGACGCCGGCUGGGAGGAGUACUACGACUACAUCUUCCCAGAGGACGCCGCCAACCAGCCCAACCUCAAACUGCUGGCCAUGGCAAAGAUGUGGAAGAGGCAGCAGAUGGUGGACGACGACGAUGAAGGCGAGAAAAGUCCAGAGAAAUCUCCCGAGGCGGCCGAAGAGACGUCGCCCUCAGACAAACCGGCAGCUCCUCCUGAGAACGACUCAAGAAGAAACGCUGAGAAUGAAACAGAAGAGGAGGAGGAGGAGAAGAAGACAAAGGACGACGAUGGAGACGAUAGCAGCAGCAGUGACAGUGAUGAUGAUGGAGGGAAGAAAGAGGAGCGGAAGAGCGGAGAAGAAGAUAAAGAGUAGAUCUCCGCUCACACGCUCGGGAUUCAUUUUUCUACCAAUCUGUUUUUGUUCUUUUUAACAAAAACAACCAGCAGCUGGUGAUCAGUCUUUAUUGUACGACGUGUUCUUCUGCAUUAUACAAACAUCUAUUC